AUGGCCAGCAGCAAAGCCAUGUGGGAGGUGGAUCCGGAGACGCGAUCAAAACUCCUUGAGAUCCAAAAGACAUCCUCAAACGACCGCUGCUGUGACUGCGGCGCGCCCUCCCCACAAUGGGCAUCCCCCAAAUUCGGCGUCUUCAUCUGCCUUUCCUGCGCGGGCGUUCAUCGAGGAUUAGGUGUGCAUAUUAGUUUUGUGCGGAGUAUUACGAUGGAUGCUUUUAAGGCGCAGGAGAUAGAUCGAAUGAGGGAGGGUGGGAAUAAGACAUGGAGGGACUUCUUUGAUGAUGCGGAAACCAAUAAGAUGGCUGGGAUAAGUUGGGACGACACAACAAUCGCAGAGCGCUACUCCGGCGAUGUGGGCGACGAAUACAAAGACCGGCUCACAGCAAAAGCAGAAAAUAAACCCUACGUUCCCUCGCCAAACCCCCCAAGGCGCAGAACCCAAUCACCCGCACGAUCAGGCAAAGCAAAAGUAGACGACAAAUACUUCGCUGGGCUCGGCGCAGCCAAUGCUUCGAGACCGGCAGAUUUACAUCCCAGCCAAGGAGGGAAAUACUCUGGUUUCGGAAGCGCGCCCCCUGAGCCUGUGCAGCAAAACAAGAUGCCUGGUUUCGAUGAUCUGCAGAAUGAUCCUGUGGCCGCGCUGACAAAGGGCUUUGGGUGGUUUACGACGACGGUUGGGAAGACGGCUAAGAGUGUUAAUGAGGGGUAUAUACAACCUACUGCUGCGAAGAUCGCAGAAACGGAUCUAGCAGCCCAAGCACGCAUCACAGCCGCGAACGUCGCUAGAGGCGCACAGACAGGCGCCAAAUCGGCAGCAGAUGGUUUCAAUCGCUUUGUCGAGGGCAAUGAUAUUGGGGGUGCGGGUGCUGGUGCGGGUGGGAGAGGGAAAUAUAGACAAGCACCGUUAGAUGAGAGCAAGAAGGAUUUUUGGGAUAGUUUUGCCGACGCUGGGGCCACAAGAGAGAGUAAACCUAGUGCGAUUGGGACGAGUGCUGUUAAGAAGGGGAAUGGUGGGCCUGGAGGACCUCCUGGAAAGAAGGAUGAUGAUUGGGAUAAGUGGUGA